AUGGAUCCAUCAACAGAUCUGGUCCAGCAGAUCACAUCUAUUUCCCAAUCAAUAUACACUUCAGACCCGCACAACCCUCAUUUAUACCUUGCGCGAGGCAAACUGCACGCCCAGCUGGGCUUCCACGACCUCGCUGCGGCAGAUGCAUAUCGCGCACUGACGCUUUUGGAAGGUGUUGUUGAGGAAGAGCCAGAUUGCGUGGAGUAUGUUGCGAGGCGAAGGGCUAGUACUUUGACAGGAGAAAAAAAAGAGGAAAAAGAGGAAGAUGAUGAUGAUGAUGAUGAUGAUGGCGGGUUCGUACGGAUUUCGCGAGACGAGUAUGACGCCAAUAUCGCGCCGGUGUAUGUCCUGCUCGUGCAGAGUCUGACGCAGUGCGGGUGUCUGCGUGAUGCGUUUGAGUUUGGUAGUAGGGCAGCGCGCCAUUUGCGUUUGCUGGGCGAUCAACAAUAUGCAGACAGUAUUGACAUACUCGAGAAGAACGGACUUGGGCAAAAUCCAAACACCCUGCCAGCUCAGGGUUAUGCGCGUCGCGUGCUGUAUCCGUGGAACACGCAUGAACCAGACCGCAAAGCACAGGAGACGUUGUCGCUACUGAAUAAGAGACUGGAGACAGUGGCGCCGGCGUGCGAAGUACGCGCUGUGUCUUUGCCGGCGUUGCAUGGCGAGAAGCUGCAAGAAGAUGAAGAAAAAGAAGAAGGAGAAGUAUCUGUACAGUUGGGCCUAUUUGCCAAACGAGACCUCCAACCCGGCGAGAUUAUUCUGCGCGAAUCGUCGCUCCUGACAGCGACGAACCGACUGCACGACGACCUGUGUGAUGCGUGUAAUGGGCCAUUGCCUGGGCUGAGUGAAGCAGUCGCGUGUCAAGAGUGCGACGAUACAAUCUUCUGUAGCCAGACAUGCCACGACCACGCGCAGGCUGUAUAUCAUGCCGCCGUGUGCGGCCACGAAGGGCUGGAAUCGCUGGGCAAGGACGUUGCUGAUCCACAGGACAAGGCGGAUUACCUCUAUUUCCUGCUCCUCGGACGCGCAGUCGCCAUGGCCGCGACACAGGACUGUCAUCCGCUCGAUCUGCCAGAAGUGAAAUACAUCUGGGGCGAUUUUCACGAGUACGACUCUACCGAAAAAGAUUUGCCGUUCUCCUUCCAACUCAGCAUUCUCCAACCCAUGCGCUUGCUGGAGGAAAUGGGGCUGGACCCAUUCACCACGCUGGCUCGUUAUGAUACCUGGGUUCUGAACACGCUGUAUGCCAAAUUCCGCGGAACUGCGUCUGGUCGACUGUCCACGUGGGACGGUGGGCCAGAGGUUUGCGCUGUGCAUCCAUUGUGGUGUCUAGCGAACCACUCGUGCGAUCCCAAUGUGCGCUGGGAAUGGGGUGGUGAGAUUACCUUUAUGGUUCGGAGGGAGGAAGAGAAGGCGGUUUGGAAACGAGGCGAUGAGAAAAAGGAAGUAUCGGCGGCGCUGCUUCGCAAGGAUGAGGAGAUUUUGAAUCAUUACUGUGAUAUCGGGCUUGGUGUGCGGCAGAGAAGGGAAUGGGCGCAGGGGGCUUUGGGAGGGUUGUGUCAGUGUACCAGGUGUAAAUGGGAGGAGAAGCCAUCUAGCUGA